AAAUAUAUCUUUCGAAACACAAACAAACUGGGCUCUAGUCACAUUACAUUAAAGAACGAGUUUUAGUCAUGGCGAAAAGACGCAUGAAGAAGCGGACUCACCUCCGUGCUGCAAAUGCAAGCAAUGUCACUCCUAGAAGUGCCUCUGCGUCGAUGCAAAAGACCCCAAGAAGUAUGGUGAUUCGGGUCGGUGCUGGGGAGAUCGGACCGAGUGUUAGCCAGCUGGUGAAAGAUGUGCGGGCCAUGAUGGAGCCAGAUACAGCCAGUCGACUGAAGGAACGGAAAUCGAACAAACUGAAGGACUACACUGUCAUGACAGGGCCUCUGGGGGUAACACAUCUACUUUUAUUCUCAAGGUCCAGUACAGGAAAUACAAACUUUCGCCUUGCCCUUGCUCCCCGAGGACCUACCCUUCACUUCAGAGUUGAAAAUUAUUCGCUGUGCAAAGACGUGAUCAAGGCGUUAAAACAUCCAAAGGGAUCGGACAAGCUCCAUUUAACUCCUCCAUUACUAGUAAUGAAUAACUUCAUGUCUUCGAAAACAGACGAUGAAAAUCCCUCCUCGAAGGCUGUCCCUAAACACCUCGAAUCUCUUACGACAACUGUUUUCCAGUCUCUCUUCCCCCCAAUCUCUCCCCAAACCACCCCAUUAUCCUCAAUACGUCGCAUCAUGUUGUUAAAUAGAGAGCUGUCCCCAGAGCAAACAGAGGACGGCUCGUAUAUCAUAAAUCUCCGCCAUUAUGCCAUCACCACCAAGAGGACUGGCAUACCGAAACGGAUACGGCGCCUUGAUCCGAAGGAACAACGACGUAGGGAUCGAAAGGCCGGAGCUCUCCCAAACCUUGGAAAAUUAGAUGAUGUGGCAGAUUAUCUCCUAGACCCAUCAGCCGCCGGUUAUACGUCUGCUAGUGAAACUGAGCUCGACACCGACGCUGAAGUUGAAGUAAUGGAGGCCACAGCCAAAAAAGUCCUGAAUAAGCGUGAAUUACAACGAAUGAAGGCGGGAGAAAGGAAGUCAUCGACACAAUCGGAUCCAAGCGUCGAAAAGAGGGCGGUAAAACUAGUGGAAUUGGGUCCGCGGAUGAAAUUGAAACUGACCAAAGUCGAAGAGGGAUUGUGUGGCGGCAAAGUCUUAUGGCAUCAUGUUCUCACCAAGACAGAGGCAGAGACUAAACAGUUGGAUGAGGCCUGGGAGAAGAAACGCAGAGAGAAGGAACAGAGACGAAAAGAACAAAAGGAAAAUGUUGAAAGGAAGCGGAAAGAAAGGGGCAAGGGCGCAAAGGAUGCAGAUAAAGAUGGCGGGGUUGAGGGGGAGGAUGAGGAUAUCGAUGAGGAUUGGGAUAGCGAGGAUUUCGAUGAUCUUGAUGAAGAGAUGGAAGACGCACCUGCCGAUGAUUAGAAGUCUAUGUGUCUCGCUUUAUGGGGCCUCUGCUGCCUAUUUUAAAUACGCCUUUUUGCUCUCUUUCUUUGCAUUCACAUUUUAGGACUUAUAGGGGGAAAUAUUAGGAGUUCCAAGGGAGGUCUUCAAUAAAGUUGCGGGCUUUUUACCCGAAAUAGACAAAAUAAUGUUGCUCUGAUUAAUUUUCAUGAUCUUGAUUGAUUGACAUAUCUUAGUAUUAACUCGAUCCAUUUUCCCUUCUGGUCUUGCACUUCAAUUCAGGCACUGUUCAAAUUUGUUCAAUGCUGGGUAUGGUGAAAUUUCAAUGUUACCUGAUGCGACAGAUUUACGCAAGUACACGAGUGGAUAUAACUUUUCAUAGUAUGGUCAAGAUCAUACCAUCCUAAGAUGUUGAAGCCCGUAGCUUUUCUUCCACCAGCCUCCCUACCAUCUUCUCCAAUAUAGCAGAGUUGCUCCCACCUCCCUGUCCUUCAAAGUAGCAUUGAACGCUCUUCUCAACGUACUUACCAACGAUAUCAAUUUCAACAUUAACAUCCUCCCCCGGCUGCUUCUUAGCUGUCACAAUCUUCUCUUGGGUAUAAGCAAUCAACAUAAUCUCAAACCAUCCCUCUUCACCAUCCACCACUUUGGUCACCGUUAAACUUGCGCCGUCCAAUGUAACAUAUCCCUUCUCAACAAUAUAUCUCAACACGCUCUUGUCCCGUGGCUGAAGGCGGAAGGUCAGCGCAUUGCCAUCUGGAGUGACAGAUAGAAUUUUUGCGAUGGUGUCGACAUGGCCUUGGACGAAGUGGCCGCCCAUGCGUGUUGAGGCAGUGACAGAACGUUCAAGAUUGACGCCAGAGCCCUUUGUGAGAGAGCCCAGA